AUGGAAGAUAAGGCUAUAGGUACUACGUAGAAGUCUCCAAGAUUAAAGACAUAAAUAUAAAAAGACACGGGACGCGUUAAAUAAUCCCCAUGCCUUCCUUGUUCAUACUGUUUCGGUCUCGGCACGGGUCUAGCCAGGUAUUUUGAGCCAUGGCAGUCGUGGAAGAUCUUGUCAUGCCGGAGAAAGGCGUCAAAGACAAGACGACCAGCGAUGAGUUACCUCCUGAUCACGAUGUAGAAGUCGCAAACGGACAUCUAGCAGAUCUAGAAGUCGAUAUAGGCAGAAUACUUGCCAAAGCCGAAGAAGAGGGCGAUUGGGAUGCAGACACAAGCCCGUUCCCCGCCGUUCGGGCCGUGGUGCCUGAGACGGAUGAUCCCAAUAUGCCCGUAAACACGUUCAGAGCAUGGUUCCUCGGUAUUCUUUUCGUGUUCCUAGGAGCGGGCGUAAACCAGUUCUUUUCGUUACGUUAUCCGGGUGUUCACAUCGUAUCUCUCGUAGCAGAGCUGCUCGCUUUCCCUCUCGGAGUUACGCUCGCCAGAAUCCUACCUAUCAGUCGAUUCAAUCCCGAUCACCAUUUCAACAUCAAGGAGCACGCGAUGGUGACCAUCAUGAGCAAUGUCUCCUUUGGCUUUGGUUCCGCCGACGCCACGAACCUGAUCCAGGCCUCCAAGUUUUAUGGCUUCGAUAUGCCGGCUGGAUUCUCCAUCCUGGCUGUUAUCUGCUGUCAGCUAUGCGGAUACGGUAUUGCCGGCCUCUGUCGGUCGCUAAUCGUCCAGCCCGCCACCAUGAUCUGGCCAGGCGUCCUCGGAAACGUAGCGCUGCUGAGCUCGAUUCAUUCUCGCGCCAACGCGGUAGCCGAUGGAUGGAAGAUAACUCGCAUCAAGUUCUUUCUGGUCGUGGGGUUUGCCGCCUUCGUAUGGUACUGGUUUCCCGGUUUGAUAUUCACCGGUUUGAGUUACUUCACGUGGAUAUGCUGGAUUGCGCCAAAUAACCUGGCAGUAAACCAGAUCUUCGGCAUGGUAACGGGCCUGGGACUGUUCCCGUUGACCUUUGACUGGUCCAUGGUCGUAUACAAUACCAAUCCGUUACUCAGUCCGCACUGGGCUGCUGCUAAUGUCUUCGUUGGAUUUGUCGUCUUCUUUUGGAUCGUCACGCCCGCCAUAUAUUACACCAAUACGUGGUUUACGGCCUACCUACCCCUUUGCACCGCGGACGUGUACGACCGUUUUGGAGAGCUUUACGAUACCGCCAAGGUCAUCACUAAUAAUCUUUUCGACCAAGAGAAGUACGCGGCGUACUCGCCCCCUUAUUUGCCGGCGACCUUCGCAUUCGUUUAUGGUCUGUCUUUUGCGUCAAUCACCAGCGUCUUGUCGCACGUCUACUGUUUCCACGGGGAAGAGAUCAUGCAUGCAUUACGCGGAUCGCUCAAGCUCGACAUUCACGCCCGGCUUAUGAAGGCUUAUAAGAACGCUCCCUGGUACUGGUGGUCUACUAUAGUACUCAUUGUAUUCGGGAUGAGCGUCGCCAUGACCGAGGUAUAUCACACAGGGCUACCUGUGUAUGGGAUCGUACUUGCGAUUGUGAUUGGCGGCAUCUACAUGGUUCCCUGUGGCAUAAUUCAGGGGCUGGCGAACGUGAACGCCAACCAACUUAACGUCCUUUCCGAGUUUAUUGGCGGGUAUAUGUUCCAAGGCAAGCCUAUCGCAAACAUCCUAUUCAAGAUUCUAUCGCAAGAUGUGGUAGGCCAAGGAUUAUAUUUUGCUGCUGACAUGAAGAUGGGUCAUUACCUGAAAAUUCCGCCGCGCACCCUGUUCUGGGCUCAGGGUCUGGCUACUGUGCUUGGGGCUUUGACGCAGGUGGGAGUUACACUGUGGAUGCUCGGAAACGUGCCCGGUAUCUGCUCAGAGGACCAACCCAACGGUUUCAGCUGCCCGCAAGGCCGUACCGUUUACAGCAGUUCCGUGAUAUGGGGUUUGGUCGGUCCCGCGCGUCUAUAUUCGGUUGGUAAGAUCUACAGCGGCCUGUUGCACUUCUUCUGGAUCGGAUUGAUCCUACCACCAAUUACCUAUUACAUCUGGAAGAAGACCGGAAACGAGUUCGUCCGCAAGAUCAACUGGCCGCUCAUAUUCGUCGGCACGUACAAUGUUCCGCCGGCGACAGGUAUCAACUACAGUAGUUGGUAUAUCGUCAACCUGAUCUUCAACAAGAUAAUCUAUCAGAGAUUCUAUGCCUGGUGGGCAAAAUACAACUAUGUGCUUGCAGCGGCACUGGAUACUGGCCUCGCGAUUAGUGGCAUCGUCAUCUUCUUCGCCGUUACAUACGGACCUAACGUACAAUUUCCUGACUGGUGGGGUAACACAGUAUGGCAGAAUACUGCCGAUGGGCAGGGUCUACCGUGGUUGCAAAUGCCAGGCGUGGGAUACUUUGGCCUAGCGAAUGGAACUUGGUCGUGAUAGACGGAUGCCGCAAGCAAUCUUACGAAUAGCAUGAUAUCUAUUAAGCCGGAUAUCCAGCCUCAUAAUUGAGAUUCCCCGUGCUCCAGUGAUCAAGUGAAAGCUAUGUCUAAAGACUGCAUAUAAAGUAUAGUAAACUCCUACAAGAUAAUCUUACCUUAUCUUUCCACGGUCUCGACCGGCUCUACUAAAAGCUCUUCACUAUAUCAUAUAUCACAACUACCCUUUUUAAC